AUGAGCCAUAGUCCUUCCAUUCCCGAUGAUUGGAGCCCUACACAUCGCUUUACAGAGCCAGACGGACAUAACGAGUUGGCUUCCAGCUCGAGUCUGCGAAGAACGAAGCCAACAAAGAGACAAAGAUGUAGUCCGCCCCGUGAUCAGCCUGUCAGGCAUCGCUGUAUCAACGCCUGCAAUCGUUGUAAGCUGAAGAAGCUCAAAUGCUAUCGUCUUGACGAGUCGUUUGUAAAUUGUGCAGCUUGCGUGAAGGCAUCAGAAGUUUGUGUGUUCGAAGAUAUCGUCAUGCGUCCCGGGUAUACCAAAUAUAUUGUAGCAUUGGAAAAUAGGUGUGCAAAGCUAGAGAAAGCGCUCUUCGAGAUCAUGCCAGACCAUCCAGAAAUAAAGGACCAUUACAUGUCUCAACGAACGGAUACACCGAUCAAGCCUUCAGGUCUUCCCUAUGGGGAAAAUGCGAAACCUCAGAAAACCCUACCUUUCACUACCACGCGUACAGCACUAUCUGGCCUACUUCACAGCGAUCCUCACAUGCGCAUCCCACCGACUUGA